AUGCCGUCCAUACCGGCGCUCAAUUCGCCUACGUCGCCGCCUCACAAUCGUUUCCGGGAUCACAGCCCAACCAAAUCCUCACCGCUCCGGCAUGCCGUCUCGACGCGUUCAAACGCCAGCGAUACAGACCGAUCAUCACUCCCCAGUCGACAAGGCACUCUCAGCAGUAACGCGAGCUCCGGAUACAGCGUACCUGGUUUCAGCGGCUAUGAUUCGGCCAGCGAUCCUUUCGUGACGCGGUCGAGCACGAAGAGAGAACGCUCUGAAUCGCCGGUGAAGAAAAACGCGGCAUUCGCUAAAUGGGAACAGCGCGAGCAGGCCGAGCAGGAGCAGAAGGUGGUCCGGACUCCUUCGAAGAUGGAUGUGUCGCCGAAGAAAGUACGCGAUGAUGACUGGCGGACAGGCAUUGGGCAAAGUGAGAGCAGAAGCGCACUGAGACCUGUAGAGCUGAAUGCGACACCGGAACGGCCAUCUGCGCUCGCCAAUGGUUCUCUACACAAACGCGCAGAAUCGAAGGAGAAUAUAGUAUACCGGCCGCCGAGCAGAGAUGGUGCAGCAUCGCCUCUCCCACCUUCGCCCACCAAAACAGUCACUUUCAGCGAAGACACAAUAUUGCCGCCAGCCUCGCCAGAGCCAAGAUCUGAGUCCAAGUCUCCCGGGCAUGCCAGAGGCAACAGCAUCGCGACGCUCUCGAGGUCGGACUCGAUGCGCGCGGGUUUGAAGCCGAGGUCGAAAGGACACAUGCGAUUCUCGUCCACAGACAACCCAGCGCCACAACUGGAUGGAGGCGAUUUGGAUAUGCUGCAGAAGUCUUCAACGCCUCAGCUGCGCCAUCUUAGCAAUUUGGCUGCUCAGAACGGUUCUACCGAAGAUCUCAAUGUGCAUUCGCCGGAGGAACAAGUGACGGGCCUUGCUGGGAGGAGAAGGCUUCAGCGGUCAGGUUCUGUGAAGCCUUCUACCCAGACACAGUCCAAAUUUGCAUCGGCAUAUGCAAGCACAAAAUGGAUGGACAUGCAGCGGAAACAUCUACAAGCGUACGAAUACCUCUGUCACAUAGGAGAAGCGAGAGCAUGGCUUGAAGACGUCCUGGAUCCUGAUAAGCUUCCUCCAAUCGUUCAGUUAGAAGAGGCUCUCCGGAAUGGCGUUACUCUCGCUGAGGUUGUCGUACGCCUCGCCCCAAGAUUACCGGCAAAUCAACAGAAGGCGCUAGGAUCACAAAGAAUAUGGAGAGCUGCACCUCUUUCGUUCAGACACUCCGACAACAUCGCUCUCUUUUUCCGCUUUUUGGCCGAAAUAGAGCUUCCGGAUCUCUUCAGGUUUGAACUGAUUGAUUUAUACGAGAAGAAGAACAUCCCCAAGGUCAUUUAUUGCAUACAUGCACUCUCUUGGCUACUUUAUCGGAAAGGUAUCGUUGAGUUUCGCAUUGGCAAUUUGGUCGGCCAGCUCCAAUUCGAGGAGCAUGAGCUGGAAGAGACCCAAAAGGGCAUCGAUCGCAGUGGCAUCCAGAUGCCAAACUUCGGCGGCAUGCGAGAGGCCAUGCAGAUCGAAGAGGAGCCUUCGCCACCUGAGCCAUCACCAGAUGACCUGCUCGCCGAACAAGAAGAUAUGAUACUUGACCUCCAAUCGCAGAUACGUGGCGCUGCUGUACGACUUCGGCUUGGUAACAUGAUGCAGGACAUGUGGGACGUGGAGGAGCAGAUCGCACACUUUCAGGCCAUCGCUCGGGGAGGUUUCGCUCGCGAGAUUUUUGAUUUCAAGUUUGCUAUGGACAUGUCGACGAAGCGAUUCCAAGCUACUGCGAAAGCCUACCUUGUGCGGCAAGGUCUUCAACGAAAGCGGUCAGCUUGGCGUAACAACAAGGCUGCCGUGGUGAAGGUCCAAAGCCUGUGGCGAGGGCGACAACAACGAGCCGAGACGAAGAAGAUCACGACACAGCUUCGAUCGCACAGGCACGGCCUCAAGGACUUGCAAUCUGCUAUUCGAGGCGCACUGGGCAGAUGGCGAGCUGGCGAUCUCUGGCAAGAAACUCGAGAUGAGCGGACUGAGGGCACAGUACAAGCCUUUCAGAGCGCGGCUCGCGGAGCGCUCGAGAGGAUGCGAGUGGCUGCUACCAUGAACCAACUGUGGGACAAUGAAGAGAGCAUCGCCAGCCUCCAGGCACUUGCUCGAGGUUCCCAAGUACGGAGGAGAGCAGGGCGCCAGCAAGUAGCGGCUCGUGAAGCUGCUGUCGAUAUUGUCAAGCUGCAGGCUGCAGCUCGCGCCCUUCUCCAGCGAAAGCAACAAAAGCUGGAACAUGGCGAGCGUCGGAUGCACGAGCCUGCUGUCGUUCAGGUCCAAGCUCUGUCUCGAGGUCUGAUCGAGCGACUCCGCCAGGCACGGACAAUCGGUGCAUUGCAGGGUCGUGAGUCCGCCAUUGUCAAGUUCCAGACUCUACUCCGGGCUCAAGCGGCCAGAUCACUCCAUAUGGACACGAGGGAAGAGCUGGCAGGUCAGAGAGAAGCCCUUACGAUGUUACAAGCUCUGAUCCGAGGUCAGACGAUACGAAAGAGCACGGCGAACACGAUCGCAGCUCUCAAACAGCACGACAGUGACGUGCGCAUACUACAGGCAAUGUCGCGAGCUAUGCUGCAACGAAAGGCUAUUGGUGAGAAGUUGUCUGCGCUUGAGGAGCAAGAGGGCCACCUCACCACCCUGCAGUCCAUGGCUCGAGCUUACAUCGAGCGACAACGCAUCUUCGAUCAGCUUGUUGAGAUGGAGAAAGAGGAAGAGAGUAUUACGCAGCUGCAGUCUGUCCUCCGCGCUAUGCUGCUACGAAGUGAAAUUGGCAACCUGCUGGCGGGUCUCGAAGAGCACGAGGAGGCUUUAGUCGAUCUCCAGGCAGCAGCACGCGGCUUCGUUGUCCGCAAGAGAUUCGCCGAGAAGCGCAAACACUAUCGAGAGAACAUGGAGAAAGUUGUCAAGCUACAGUCUUUUGUACGUGCGAAGCAGCAGGGCGAAAGCUACAAGAGCUUGGUGAACGGCAAGAAUCCACCAUUGCCGGUCAUUCGGCGACACGUUCAUCUUCUUACGGACUCGAAUUUGGAAUUCGAAGGCGAGAUUGAGGCGGAACGGCUGCGAAGACAGGUCAUCGAGAGCGUUCGCCGAAACGAGCUUGUCGAGAGCUACGUUGAAGGUCUGGACGUCAAGAUCGCGCUUUUGGUGAAGAACAAGAUCACCCUGGACGAGGUCGUCAAACAUCAGAAGCACUUCGGCGGCUCGGCGUCGCAACUGCUUCGCUCGGGCAGCACUCUUGGGAACACGUCUGGGCUGGACCUCAAGGCGCUCAACAAGAACUCGCGCAAGAAGCUUACAGGCUAUGAAGAGCUCUUCUUUCUGCUUCAGACUCAAUCGCAGUACAUGGCACGCGCGUUCAGCGUCAUCACUGCCCGUGGUCUCGCAGAAAAGGAGAGCAAGAACAUGGAGCGCCUUGUGAUGACGACGUUCGGGUAUGCACAGAAGAGUCGCGAAGAGUACUUCUUGCUUAAGGCUCUCGCCACAAGCUUCACAGAGGUGAUUACUCAUUGUCAGAGCCUCGAAGACUAUGUGCGACAACAGAGCGGGACGUUUCAGCAGCGUUUGAUUCAGAGCUACGUUCGCAGGCCGAAAGAACGAGCGUACCUCAAGACACUGUUCGGCAGCAUGGUCAAGAAUGGAAUCUGCGGCCAAGAUCACCUAGACCUAGAAAGCGAUCCGCUACAGAUAUACCGUGCGAUCUUGAACAACGAGGAGCUCUCCACUGGCCGGCCCUCACAAAGACCACGCGAUCUGCCGCGAGAGGUCGUGAUCAGGCAAGAGGAUGUGAGGCCAAGAUACGUCGAACACCUGGAAGACCUACGUGACCUGGGCGAUGGCUUCUUCCUAAGCCUAGAAGAGUGCCUACACCGCAUGCCAUACGCCAUACGGUACGUAGCUGCAGAGCAGCAUCGUGCACUUUGCGCACAAUUCCCACGCGAGGAUCCUGGUCACCUGACAAUGGUCGUGGGCGCGUGGCUGUGGAAAACUUACCUUCUCCCUGCCCUCAAAGAACCUGAAAUGUGGGGAGUCGUGGACCGUGGUCUCAGCCCUGUCCACAAACGCAACCUUGGUCAGGUUACUGCAGUACUCGGUCAAGUGACGAGUUCGGGACGCCUAUUCGGCCAAGAUAACAUCUACCUCCAGCCAUUGAACAACUGGAUUACAGAGUCGCUGGAUCGGUGGCAAGAAUGCCUGACUCACCUGUUUGAUAUCCCAUCACCAGAGGAACACUAUGAUGCCGAUCAGUUCAGCGACCUUUACGCACGGACGAAGCCAACGCUGUACAUCAAGCUUGCGGACAUUUUCGCGAUGCAUAGUCUGAUUGCGGAUAACGUACAGGUGAUUGCACCGCAACGAGAUGACCAGAUCAAGGAGCUCUUGACAGAUCUUGGCACAGCCAAGAGCAACGAGAGCGAUCUUGGCGGUGCAUCAAAUGGUGGCGAGAUCACUUUGACGCUGAAGUCGAGGUUCACAGUCCAGGAGGAUCCAAAUGCAGAGCCACGGCAAUUGUUCACUGCCACCAAGCGACUUGUGCUGUACAUUAUCCGGGUGCAAUCUGGAUCGAAUCUCAUGGAGAUCCUCCUGCGACCGAUCACGCACGAGGACGCAGACAGGUGGCUCUCGCUGGUCCAAGAAGAGCUUGCGGAAAAGAAUCAAGAUCGUCGACCUGGCCACAGACGAACACCCUCGGCUUUCGACCCCCGGGCAUCUAUGCGAUCGGGUAGAGCACAGUCGGUAUACUCUGAAGCUCCCUCGGCGGUCUCUGGGGAUCAUCGCGAUCUACUGGAUCUUCAAGGCAUGACAUAUGCUGAAUUGAAGUCCAGCGCACUAGAGAACAUAUUGCGCCUUGAGCAGCCACACGUGCCACCUCAAUUCCGUGUCAGCAGACACAACAAUUAUCAGGAGAUCCUUAAUGCUCUGGCAGCAGACAUUAGACAGAAGCACCGUCGCCGAUUGGAACGUCAACACGAUAUCGAAUCUACGAGGACCACACUCUCACAGCUUGAUGCCAAGGCCACUUUCCUGGAAGACCAGCUGAAGAGCUAUAACGACUACAUCGAACAGUGUCUCCAUACUUUAGCCACCAAGAAGGGCACCAAGCAUAAAUUCAUAAUGCCCUUCACGAAACAGUGGUCGCACGAACGCGAGCUGGAGCGCGCUGGUCGACAACCAAAAUUCGGCUCAUACAAAUACUCAGCACGCCAACUGGCUGACAAAGGUGUGCUGCUCAGCUGGCAAGGCUACUCUUCUGAGCAUUGGAACAAUCUCAACGUCGUGAUCAGCUCUGAUGAUGUUGGUGUCUUCCAUAUGGAAGCCAGCUCUGGGAGCAUGAUGCUGCCUGGAGCGUCGGCGAAUCUUCUUCUUGAUGAUCUUUUGCAGGCGCAGUAUGAUAACAGGAACGCAAUCAGCGUGUUUGAAGAAAGCCAGAAUCCAGCCAAGUUGGCUGUGAAUCUGUUGUUACAUCUUGUGUUCAAGAAGUUUUACAGGGACAGUGCUUAG